AUGUCCACCGUCGACAAGGCCUUCUUGGCAAAGAAGGUCAUCUCCUCUGAUGGUCCCUCGCCCAAGGAGGAGGAACACAAUGUGUCACUUGUUGACUGGUGCGUGGCCGGUAUUGAGCCUGAGGAGGAGGCCAACAGACGGCGGUCGGUGCUGGAGCACAUCAACAACAUUGUGCGUGCGUGGAUUCGCUCGACCAUGAUCACAGAAUUUCGCAUGCCGGCGGAGGCGGCUACACAGGUGGAGGGGCGCAUCUUCGCCACGGGUUCCUACCGCUACAAUGUCCAUGCGUCUGGCAGCGAUAUUGACAUUGUCCUCAUCGCGCCAAACCGCAUUACCCGUGAGCACUUUUUCAAUACACUCGCCCCACGUCUACAGCAUGAGCCGCGUAUUACGGAAUUACACUGCAUUCGGGACGCACGUGUGCCUCUUAUUGCGAUGGUGGCAGACGGGAUUGAUAUCGAUUUGUCCUUUGGAUCAAUUCGACAAGAUCGUGUGCCAGAAGUUAUCACAGACGAUUUGUUACAGGGACUGGAUGAUCAAUCUGUACUAAGUUGUAAUGCGGUGCGUGUGGCUCAUAACAUUAUGGAUCUUGUUCCCCAUAAGGCAUCAUUUCGUCAGGCAUUGCGUUUUAUCAAAGCGUGGGGAAAAGCACGGGGAAUUUACAGCAACACGUUUGGGUUUCCCAGCGGUAUUGGAUGGGCUAUUCUUGUUGCCUUUGUGUGUCAAUGCCACCCGAAUCAGAACGCCGCUGGCAUUGUAGUACGCUUUUUUCGUAUAUAUCACUCAUGGUUCUCACCAAACCCACAAGAAAGCGGUAGGGAAAAUCGAGCCAUUUAUUUAACCGAAACAAUGCGAGUCAAAACAAACCUUGGUCGCGGUUGGGAUCCACGUGAGUCCAAGUCGGAUGCGAUGGCGCUUUUCCCUGUUCUCACACCGGCCGUUCCAUACGGCAACGCAUGCUUUAACGUGACAUUGACAAAUCUUCGACAGUUGUGUACCGAGUUUGCACGUGGACAUGAAAUCUGCAGUUCAAGCCUUGUUACUUCCGCUGAAGAGGCCAAGUCACGGUUUGGUCCGCAUGGUAUUUGGAGUAGACUACUAGAACCUGUGAAGUUUUUUGGUGAGCACAAGUAUUACUUGCAUGUGCUUGUAUCAUGUACAGACGCAGAGGCAUAUCAGGGUUACGUGGAUGCCGUUGAGUCGAGGAUCCGUUUUCUUUGGGCUGGUACAGCAGAGUCACGAGGAUAUGCAUUGGAGAAUAUUCGGCACGUGCGAAUACGGCUCAAUCCACGGCGUUAUGAAGCUCCAGAGGAGGUUGAGACACGAGCUCGUCUCCUCAAAAAGACGUCUCGUAGCAGCGGUGGGGGCAACGGCUCCAUGGAAGUGUCUUCUCAUCAAACUUCCGGGGCGGUGGACGACUCUUCUUCACCAAAGAUAUUUAGUUGUCAUUAUUUUAUUGGCAUGUCUGUGGAUCCGAAGGCAACUUCAGGGAAAAUUUAUCUUGCUCCCAGCAUUAGGGCUUUCCACGGCAUUGUAAGGCAACUACGGCAGUACAAGGAGGGAAUCACGCGACUUCCUGUCAUUACGGUCGAAGACAUAUCAAAAAUACCCGCGUUUGUGAAGUCUGCAGCCGGUUUCAAGGAAACUGUGGUGGUACCGGAUGCGGAUCAUGCGGAUGAUGCAGCAUCUCUCGCUAAGGCCCAUGUUGAGAAUGGUGCGCGCAGCACCGUAGCUGGAGAGAAGCGUACUCGUGAAGAAGGCGAGUUGAAGCACGACGCCGACGCAGCAAUAGAGAGUACGGUUACUGAAGCUUCUUCACCAUCUGUGGCAAACGUUUCUGGGGUACUUCAUGGGAGGACAAAGAGUGGAGCGGCGAAUAACACAGCAGUUGACGAGGAUGAACCUGAUUUAGAAGAGGCCCUGGGUCUUGGGUUUUGA